GGGGUUUCCCGAGGGGGCGGGACUUGCCUACACGCACGUUGCGCCUCCUCUCCACCACCUCCCCUGGCUCCCUUGUUUUGGAGGGAGAGCCACAGCUCAGAGCUGGAGUUGGGAGACCUGGGUUCGAGUUGUGCCCAGAUGCAGACCCCACGGUGGAAUCCCGUUCCCGUCCCCGCACCCCCGCUGGCCUCCGAGUGCCCUCCCCUCUUCCCUGGGCUGUUGGCAGGAUCGGAGUGGCUGAUCAAUAUUAUCUUAUCAAUAUCCACUCAGACCCUCCCCGUUCUCUUGGUUCUCAGUUUACCCUCCUCCUUCUCUGGACUCAGACCGCAGGAGGGAGCAUGGAGGAAACGAGGCCGCCCGCGCCCAGGACCGCAGGGCCCCAGGAGUCGCUGACGUUCCGGGACGUGGCGGUGCUCUUCACGUGGGACGAGUGGCGCCGCCUGGGCCCCGCGCAGAGGAGCCUCUACCGCGAGGUGAUGCUGGAGACCUUCGAGCACCUCGUGGCCCUGGGGCUGCCCGUGAUGAAGCCAGACGUGCUCUCCGGCCCGGAGAAGGGGGAGGCCCCCAGCGACCCCCAGCCAGGGUCCCUUUGCCAGGAACAGCAACAUGACAUCAAGGACCCAGCUGUGCAUCAGGCCAUUCACCUGAGAUCAUCCUUCCAGGAGAGACAACAGGAGAAAAUGAUUCAUACAGAUGAGAAACCCUGUAAAUUUAAAGAAAGUGAGAAAGCCUUUAGUCAAACAUCAAGAAGCCCUAAUGAUUGUCAGAAAAUUCAUCCUCAAAAGAAACUCCAUCUUCUUAAUGAAUCAGGGAAAACUUUUCUUCUACAUGAGAAAGCACACAUGGGGAAAGAAUCCUUUAAUUCUGAUGAGAAUGACAAAGCCUUUCAGUGGGACUGUAAACUGAGUUCACAUCACAAAAUUUAUAUUGAACAGAAACUCUUUGAAUGUAAUGAAUGUGGGAAAAACUUCAGCCAAAGGUCAUCCCUUAUUUCACACCAGAGAAUUCACACUGGCAAUAAACCCUUUGAAUGUAAUGAAUGUGGGAAAGCCUUCUACAACAAAUCUCAGCUUACUGUGCACCAGAGAAUUCAUACAGGAGAGAAACCUUUUCAAUGUAAGGAAUGUGGGAAGAACUUUAGCCUGAAAUCAUCACUUAUUUCACAUCAGAGAAUCCAUACUGGGGAAAAGCCCUUUGAAUGUAGUGAAUGUGGGAAAAACUUUAGCCAGAGGUCAUCUCUUAUUUCCCAUCAGAGAAUCCACACUGGAGAAAAGCCCUUUGAGUGUAAUGAAUGUGGGAAAAACUUUAGCCAAAGAUCAUCACUUACUUCUCAUCUGAGUAUUCAUACUGGAAAAAAAGCCUUUGCUUGUAGUGAAUGUGAGAAAGCCUUCUAUGACAAAUCUCAACUCAUUUUACACCAGAGAAUUCAUACUGGGGAGAAAAACUUUGUGUGUAAUGAAUGUAGGAAAGCCUUCUACAGAAGAUCUCAACUGACUGAACAUCAGAGAAUUCAUACUGGGGAGAAACCCUUUGAGUGUAUUGAAUGUGGAAAAAAUUUCACUGUAAGGUCAUCCCUUAUCCAGCACCAGAGAAUUCAUACUGGAAAGAAAUCCUUUGAGUGCAUUGAAUGCAGGAAAGCCUUCUACAACAAAUCUCACUUUAUUGAACAUCAGAGAAUUCAUACUGGAGAGAAGCCUUUCGAGUGUGCAGAAUGUGGGAAAAACUUCAGCUUAAGGUCAUCACUUAUUUCACAUCAGAGAAUUCAUACUGGAGAGAAACCCUUUGAGUGUGCAGAAUGUGGAAAAAACUUCAACCAGAGGUCAUCGCUUAUUAAACACCAGAGAACCCAUACUGGGGAGAAACCCUUUGAAUGUACUGAUUGUUGGAAAAACUUUAGCUGGAAGUCAUCCCUUAUUUCACAUCAGCGAAUUCAUACAGGAGAGAAACCCUUUGAGUGUAAUGAAUGUGGAAAAGCCUACUACAACAAAUCUCAGCUUAGUGUACAUCAGAGAACGCACAGUGGAAGGAAAUCUUUUGAGUGUAAUGAAUGUAGGAAAAACUUUAGUGAAAGGUCAUAAUUUCUUAAGCAUCAGAAAAUUCAUACAGGAGAGAAACAUUUUGAGUACAAUGAAUUUGGAAACUCUGUCAUUUAUUGUACACCAGAGAAUUCUUUCUAGGCAGGAACUCUUUAAGGGCAAUUAGUGUGGGGAAAUAAUCCACUACAAAUAUCAGCUUAAUGAACAUCAGAGGCUACAGAGAACUAUACUGGAAAGAAACCCAUUAGUUGUAAUUAUGGAGAAAGCCUUCACUUGACAGGCCCACUUUAUUGACCAUCAGAAUUAAUAUUUGAGAGAAAUCUUUUGAGUGUUAGGAAUGUGGAAAAACUUUUCUCAAACGUGAGAAUUCACACAGGGGAGAAUGCUGAGAAUGCAGCUAGUGGAUAAAGUGCUGCCCUUGGAGUUGGGAAGACAUGAUUUCAAAUUCAGCCUCAGAGAUUUACCAUCUGUUUGACACUGGGCAAAUUACUUAAUCCCUUAGCCUUAGUUUCCUCAUCUAUAAAAUGGGAGAUUUCAACUCAUUGGCCUCUAAGGUCCCUUCCAACUGUGAAUCUCUAAUCCUUUGAGAAAAUCUUAUUUAUAUAAUGAAGGUAGGAAAGCUUUUCUAUAAUGAAGAAAACUUACAAAACAAUUCAUGCUGGAGAAUAAGCCUUUGAUCAAAAUGAAUAUGGGAAAGCCUUCAGAUAUAACUGACUAUAUUAUACAUCAUGCUUGACUAAUAGAGAGUUCAUAUUUGAGGGGGAGAAAUAUAUUAAAAUAAUAAAUAUGAAAAAAUAUUCAGCCAGAAAGGACACCUUGCAAUUUAACAUGGGAAAGGCUUUCCCACUUGCUGAACCCUUUUGAGACAGGGUCAGAGAAUAAAUACAGAAGAAAAAGAUUCUGCAAUCCGAAUCCACUUUAUUGUGAUUCGUAUCUUAGGUGCCAUGGCAGUGAGAAGGAUGAGUUGAUCCCCAAGGAAAUGUGUCUCUCCUGAGCUGAUGGGUUUCUAUGUAAGUGACCAAAAAUGCAUAAAUAUGCUGAGUUCGCAACUGGUCAGUCCCUGGCCUUGGUUUGCAGUUGUUAUGUUUCAGAGGAGGGGAUACAGAGACUUUCAAGUCUACUUCAUCAUCGACCCUGAGGGCCCACAGAACACUCAUCUUUUGGUUGGCUUUGGAGAACUGAGACAUAGGAAGGCUGCCCAUAAGGGUUACUCAUGCCUGCUUAUGUUCACUUCUAAUGGAACCACAGUCUACAGCAACACUACUCAUGGCUAAAAUGAACAAUACAGCCCCCUUUCUCUCUGCCACUGCAAUACAAUAAUCAUGGCCGUCCGUGUGCUGGACUUGGAAUCAGGAAGACUUUAGUUCAAAUCCUGUCACAAACAUUUCUGAAUGUUUUAACUAUAGGCAAGUCACUGCCUCUAAGCCCAAGCAAGUGAGAGGGCUGAACUCAGUGACUUCCCAGGUUUCUUCUGACCCCAAAUCUAUAAUGUCUGUGGAUUUGAACUAUGGAGAUAUAAUAAUGAUGGGAAAGGAUCACAGCAACCUGCCAUUUGUUCAGUGCUGGAACAUCAAAGAGGCUAAGUUGUUAUUAGCCAUAAGAUUUUGUGGUGUUUGGGGUCUUCACUACAAUACACAUUGACUGCCUAAUUGCACAAGGUAGUAGGGCACGUGUGAUCUCCACCAAUCUUUAAUAGCAAGUAUACUACCUUUAAAAAUGUCUUUGUUUUUAAAAACAAGUUGAAGAAUUCAGAUGUAUAAACAAGUGCAUUCACGUUUGACAAUAGGUUUUUCUGAUGCCUUCUGCUUUUGCAUCACAGCCAUCUCUGGACAGAGCUCUUUUCCCACCCAUAGCCUUCUCACAGAAGUCUGACACGAGAGAUCAAUAAGGAACUGACAAGUCCAUAACAGUGUGAGCCAUUCUGCAAUAAGCAAGUAUUAAUAUGUGAAUGGGUGGCUUUCAAAAGAAGAAACAGCAACAACGGCACAUGAAAAGAAGUUCAAAAUCUCUGAUUCUCAAAACAGAUAGAAACAGAUUUCCUUAGAGUAGUGUCUGUUGACUUGAAUGAUCCCUGCCAGCCUGCAUGUCCACUCAGAGAACCACCAAUUAGCAUUAUCUCUAUUGUAUGCAAUUUUUAUUUAUUUCCUUAGAUUUCCCAUUUACAUUUUAAUGGAGUUCUCCAAACAUCUGGGCUGCUUGCUGCUUUCCCUCAGGAGGCAAAUUUGAUGGCUGCCCUACCACAGCCAUGAAAUCAGCAAAAGAUACUGAAAAGUGACAAAAUUAAAUGCUGGCACAAUUGUGGCAAAGCAGGCCUGCUAUUAACACAGCUUCUAAGUUGUGAAUUGUUUUAAUGACAAUAUUACCAAAAAAUCCUUUAUAAUAAAACCAUUGGAAUGUUUUAUAUUUA